AUGUCUUGGGCGAAAAGUGGACGAUUGCUCCGGCUGGCAGUCUUGGCAGGCUUUGGAGCACUCCCAGGAUUUCGCAGCAUGGCAGUGGCACCUGAGAAGAGGCCGAAGCUGAGUCCAAAGUUGGACUCCAAAGUCUUCAGUGCAUGGUACUGGGAGGUGAAGGAGCUGGCUGCUUUUCUCAGGGAGCAGGGCUUGCCGAGCAGUGGGCUGAAAGCUGACCUGACUCAAAGGGUGUCCGAAUUCCUUCAAAAAGGGCGUGUGACCGAGAGACGUGCUGCACCAGGUGCGAUCGGUCUUCGUGAUAGUGCAAUUCCAGGUGGAUUGAAGUUGAACACGCCUGUGAAGAAUUACAACAAUGAUGCCAUCACUCGUACAUUCUUUGAAAAGCAUCUCGAUGGCUUUCGCUUCAACGAGUACCUGCGCGGCUUUGCGAAGGGAAUCCCUGAAGGCCAGAAGCUCACUUAUGGGGACCUGGUUGAAGGUUGGAAAGAGGCCGAGAAAAAGAGAAGCCAAGGCAAGCAAGAGAUUGGCAAACAAUUCGAGUACAACCAAUUUACGCGGGACUUCUUUACCGCCAAUCCAGGGAGUUCUCGCAAGGAGAUGAUGGAUGCUUGGAGGACAAUUCGCAAUUGUGCGGGCCCCAAUACAUACAAGGAGUUCGCGCGACUGAAGAAGGGACCGCGCGGCUAG